AUGCAGCCGCGGCAGCCCGAAGGAGCCCAGGAGGAGGCCAAGCGGCUGCCCAAGUGUUGCCUAGGCGCUGCCUACUUCUCCAUGGGUCGAUACGCCGCGCAGAAGCCCCCGGUGUGCGCCGGGUUUGCCAAACGCCUGAAGCCCACUGAUGACGCGGCGCAGCUGCCCACAGAUUCAGUGCCGGGAGGGGACUUCAAGUACGUGUGCCUGGGAUACUCGGCAUGGGACGAGGAGGCGCUGAAGCGUGCGGCGGCGCGGCGCAGCAGCCAGGCGGACGCGGUACAGCUGCCGUACUGCGAGGGCCUGGAGGUCGUGUCUGCCGCCGCCGUCAACCAGCGGCCCGAGCUCAUGGGCGCCGGCGGCCCCGACAUGGCGGCCGGCGGCGGCGGCCCCGACGUGCCGCCGCCGCCCGGCCCGCAGCAGGGCGGCGACGUGCGGCAGCGCCCGGGGCGCAGCUUUGUACCCGGGGCGGGGCGGCUGCCGGACGUGGGGGACGGCCUGGACUGGGAGCGGCUCAAGGGGCGCUUCUUGCGCAUCUCGCGCCGCAUGGUGGACAAGAUGGGGCAGAAUGUGUCCUACAUGGCAGCCACCACCCGCCGCUCCUGGCAGCAGAUUGUGCGGGAGCUGGGCGGCGACGACAAGGAGCGAUGA